AUGUCUUCCAAUAGCACGAAUAUAGAAAAUAUUGUGGAUAAUAUCCAUGAAUUGAUAUCAGAGGACGACGUAAGUUUUAAUAGGAUUUUUUUUUUAAAAACUAUUACAAACAAUUUUAUACAUAUGUAUCAUUUUUACUUAGAUAUAUUUAAAAAAUUAUUCUUGAAGGCAUCGUUUAGAAAUAAAAACCCUUUAAUUGUUUUCUACGAACGUUGUGAUAAAUCAUAUAAUUUAACCUCUGCCAAUAUUUCAUGUGAUCAGUGUAAAUCGCCUAGAAAUAAGGAUGGUCCUAAUUGUUGUGAUAAGGAAGACAGAAUAGUCGAUUGGGAUACUAUUCAGGGGUUAAUGGCGAAUCCAGGUACUAAUUAUAUAACAACGAUAUGUGAUUAUUUUAUUCAUUGGUUGUAUGGAAUAAUAAGCAAAAGUAAAAUUACAGAUAUGGGCAUUUAUAAUCUCUACAAUAAAAUGGAAAAUAAAUUACAAGGCGUAUGUAAUUAUAAACAUCCAGAAGGUUCCGAGACCCAAAGUAUUGUGAAAAUAUAUGAUAGAAAGGUACUAAAGGACAAAAGAGAGUUAUAUGAUUUUUUAGAAUAUUAUAAUGACAUAAAAGCAGUACUCAAUAAUGAAAACCCCAAGAACAAAGAUAAAUAUUGCAGAUAUAUAAAAUAUAUAUUUAAUUUAUACCAAGAAAUGGAAAUGAAUAAUUACAAAGAAUUGUACAAUAUGGAAUCAAACUUAUUUAAAGAAAAAUUUAAGAAAAUUGAUGCAGAUUUAUUUUUAUUAGAGAAAAAAUGUCCAGGAGAUUAUCUAAAUUUAAUAUUCGACAAAGACAAUAAAAUAUUACGAGAUUUUAAGAAAGAAAAAAAAGAGCAAUUAGUUGAAAAAUUAAAGAAAGCCUGUGAUAAUCCAGAAACACACUCUGUUGAGGAUUCACCAUACGAUAAGCAUGAAUAUAAAGAUGUCCUAAAAGAUUUUUCAGCCUAUAAAGUAUAUGAAAAAUUAAAUAAUAAUAACAAUAUUGAUCCAUAUUGCAGUGAUUGUAAUGAUUUAUCAAAUUUAGAAAGUGAAUACAAAGGAAUUAAUCAAUUUUGUAAAAAGGUGGCAAGAAAUUUAAGAAACCAAUUGAAUGAUAUUAAGGAUCUUACAAAUGAAGAUGAUCGCUGUUUAUAUUUCAUUUACUGGACAUAUGAAAAAGUGAGGGAAAUAUAUAAUGGAAGAAUAAAAAAUAUUCAUGAAAUACCACUUUUUUCCAAAAUACUUGGUAUAGCGCAUGGUAUUAACUAUGAAUUAGCUGGAGAGGAUAUUCGUAAAAAUGUUGAAGCUUUCAAGGGGGUCUCUAUGAGAAAUUCUGAUGCGACCAGCAGAGGAGAUGGUGCUACACAAAAAAAGGAAGAAAAGUUUGUUUAUAGCUCUGAAUUGUCUAAGUAUAAUCCUUGUUUCUUUUAUUUAGAUUGUACAUUAGAUGAAUGUAAAGAAAUGAAAGAUCUGUUUGAUUAUUUUAAAAAUUAUAAGAGUAUUAAAGAUAAAAGCUCUACAGUUGAUAACAAGUACAUACAAUACUGUAAUUACCUUACUUAUAUAAACGGACUAUACGAAAAGAAUAUAUCUAAUUGUUGCGUCUGUUUUAAGGGUGUGGAGAAAUGCAGAGAGGAUUGUCCACAUUAUUUUAGGUGUGAUGAAUUGUAUAAUCCCCAGAAUCUCUAUGAUAAAUUUAAAUGCAGUAAUAAAAUAUCAGAUAAACCAUUUAAGAAGAUAAAAUUACCAGUGUCCAUUGAUUUUUAUUCCAAAAACAUAACAGAAAAGUCAAAGGGAAACCAAUAUUUACAGACAGUUAAUUAUUUUACACCUAUUAGUGUGCAAAAAAUGCAGGGUAGAAUGCCAAAAUUAUUGGAUGGCAUGUCAGACACCUCGGAUAAUAUACUUGAAUCGGAUCCUUUCUACACUAUUGUGUUAGGAGUUUUUACUAUAUGGGGAAUCUUUUUCGUUUUUUUCAUUUAUUAUAAGGUUAUUAAAAAUAGCCUGUUAAAAGAUAUGUAUAGUUUGUAUUUGAUAUUCAUUUUGAGUAAGAAAUAA